GGUGGGAGUACCCCUGCACAGGUCCCUUUUGCAGUGCGGAUCCAGUAGUUGGAGUUGUUGUACACCGAGCGCGAGAGGGAGAGGAGAGAGUGAGAGCGCAGCAGCUGAGUGAGCAAACAGAGGAAGAAACAUUAGGUUAUCUUCAGAGACUAUCAGACAUCGACCUGUCACUUUUAUCGCUUCGAGCCGAGUCCCGUGUCUACUUGAAGAGGACCACAGCAGCAGCAGCAGCAACAGCAGCGCCCGGGUCUGGUCUAGUCUACUCGGGCAGCCGCCUGUGAAAAACUCCCAAACGCGGUCGUCUCAGCUGGCAUGAGCUAACCUACCAGACAGACAUGGAAACCAAACCAUUCUUGUCAUUGGGGUUCUUGAAGCCCCAGUGCUCGUUGGCUCCUCCCAUGCAGCGAGGCCGCUCAGUGGAGGCUUGUUCCUGCUUCAGUGGCAUGUGUCCCCUCCAUCAGCGUCGCCUAUCCUCAGACUCGACGGGCCAGGUGAGCUCCUCGCCCCUAGGCUCACCCACUUCCCACCGGGGAAUGCAUCCGUCUCUGCUCAGUCCAACGUCCAUGGGGCCCUCCGGCUCCCUUCACUCUCCCAUCAGCACGCUGAGUUCGCCCAUGAAUGGUCUAGCUUCACCCUUUUCCGUCAUCAGCUCGCCAAUGGGCCCCCACUCCAUGAACUCGCCCGGCAUGGGCUACGGCCCCAGCGUCAGCCCCCAGAUGUUCCAGCUGAACUCUCCGAUGAACUCGGUCAGCAGCACGGAGGACAUAAAGCCCCCGCUGGGCCUCAACGGCGUGAUGAAGGUGCCCGCCCAGCCCUCAGGCACGGCCCUGUCGCUCACCAAACACAUCUGCGCCAUCUGUGGGGACCGCUCCUCAGGUAAACACUAUGGGGUAUACAGCUGUGAGGGUUGCAAAGGUUUCUUCAAAAGGACGGUGCGCAAAGACCUGAGCUACACCUGCCGCGACAACAAGGACUGUGUCAUCGAUAAGCGCCAGAGGAACCGCUGCCAGUACUGCCGCUACCAGAAGUGUUUAGCCAUGGGCAUGAAGAGAGAAGUUUUGUUACAUGCAGCCGUUCAGGAGGAGCGCCAGCGAGCCAAGGACAGAAAUGAGAACGAGGUGGAGUCCACCAGCUGCGCCAACGAGGACAUGCCCGUGGAGAAGAUUCUGGAAGCCGAGCAGGCGGUGGAACCUAAAACUGAGACCUAUAUCGAGACCAAUCUUGGUGUGCCGUCCAACUCGCCUAAUGACCCAGUGACAAAUAUCUGUCAGGCCGCUGACAAACAGCUCUUUACUUUGGUGGAGUGGGCCAAGAGGAUCCCCCACUUCUCUGAGCUGCCAUUGGACGACCAGGUCAUCCUUCUACGAGCAGGUUGGAAUGAACUCCUCAUUGCAUCAUUUUCGCACCGUUCGAUAGCGGUUAAAGACGGGAUUCUGUUGGCGACCGGCCUGCACGUCCACCGCAACAGCGCCCAUAGUGCCGGAGUGGGAGCCAUCUUUGACAGAGUGCUCACAGAACUGGUGUCUAAAAUGAGGGACAUGCAGAUGGAUAAGACAGAACUGGGGUGCCUUCGAGCUAUAGUCCUUUUCAACCCAGAUUCUAAAGGUCUGUCCAACCCAGGUGAGGUAGAAGCUCUAAGAGAGAAAGUCUAUGCGUCUUUAGAGGCCUACUGCAAACAGAAGUACCCUGAGCAGCCUGGCAGGUUUGCCAAGCUGUUGCUGCGGUUACCAGCGCUGCGCUCCAUCGGCCUCAAGUGUCUGGAGCACUUGUUCUUCUUUAAGCUCAUUGGCGACACGCCCAUCGACACCUUCCUCAUGGAGAUGCUAGAAGCCCCACAUCAAAUGACAUAAUAGCAGAAGGGGUUGAGCUCUCCUCACCCUCUUCUUCUUCUCCCUCCUCCUCCUCCUCCUCCUCCUCCUCCUCCUCCACAUCUCCCACCAGCCCUGGAUCGGGAGCAGGGUCCUUUUAAAAAAAAAUCCCAUCUCCAGCAAGGGACAGAUCACGUGACGACUUUGGACGGAGAACCUCUCCCUACCUCCCAUCCACCCUUUCUUCUCCUCGCCUCCCUUUGAUGUGUUUCGAAACAAUGAAUUCGUCAUGUCUAUGGGUCUGUUUUAUACCUUGUAAAAAUAUAUAAAUAAGAAAUAUAUAUAUGAAAAUGAAAAUCUCAUGACAACACGAGUGACAGCAGUGGACUGAGAUGAGGACGGACAGAGGACAAAAGAAACGUAUUGAGCCAUCGUUUUCGUCUUUGCUUUUCCUACACCUUGACAAGAAAAAGCAGAGAUGAUCCACAGUUUUGCUUGCAGGUAUAUUAAUUAAAAAAAAAACAGCGGUGAUGUCAUAUUCGGACACUCAGCGUUGUGAUCGGGACAAUCGUGGACUCGGGAGAGCCUCAGGUGGUCUUGACUUGGACCUGAGCCCUCUCUGUCUUUCAGGACUGAAC